AUUCAGGCAUUCCAGGUUACAAGCGAAAACUAUCCGAAGGCCCUAGCAAAACUCAAAGGCCGUUUUGAUAAUCCUACUCUUAUAUUUUUAGAAGGUAUUGAGGCAUUGUUUGCACUACAACCUGUGGAAAGGUCAAACAGUCAGCAGCUUCACAGCCUAGUGGAUAAGGCAUCCGCUAUAUUAAGCUCGCUGGAGUCCAUCGGCAAACCUGAGAAUAUUGUUCACGCUAUGGUUAUAUAUAUUAUAAUGGAAAAGUGUGAUCAGCAAACUCGGAACAAGUGGAAGGAAUCGCAGGACUACAAAACUCUGCCAACCUGGCUAGCAUGCACACAGCUUUUGGAACGCCACUGUCAGUUUCUCCAUUCGUCUGGAAACUCGGCUGCUACUUCGUCACAACGAAAGGCUGAAUCCAAUAAGUCAAAUCGUCAUUCUAAUCACCAAAUAAACUCGUCGUUUGCUAUCACUAAUCCGUCUUGUACACUUUGUUCUAGUUCUGGCCAUAAGAUCUCUAAUUGCGCUCAGUUCAAGGCUAUGAACAGCAACCAACGGUACGACAAUGCAAAACGCCUCGGUCUCUGCAUCAAUUGUCUUGGAAAUGGUCAUAGAGUGGCGCAAUGUUCAUCGACUCAUCGGUGCCGAUCCUGUAAUCGGAAUCAUCAUUCAUCUUUGCAUCACUCUCAGCCGCAACAGCCACCCCAAUCAUCAGCAGGACAAUCUUCAACUACUGAACCGGUACUCCAACCAGCGCAACCCUCCUGGCAAACAGCUCAUCAAGCUGCUUCACAUUCUCAUAUGGAGAUCGCAGCAGAUGAUCAAAUUUUGUUGGCAACAGCUAUGGUUUUGGUAAAGGAUGCCACAGCUUCGCCUUCGUCGUGAAAAACACCACAUUGGAAUUCGCAGUAUAGGAGACUCCCUUACUAGUUUGAAGGCUCGUACGACUACCUCUAUUAAGUCACGUACUUCCGGCUAUCAGCUCACUCUCCAGCUUGGAAUCACAUCCCAUAUUGCCUACCAGCCAGAUAGUGAGAUCGACAUAUCGAAUUGGAACCUACCAGCUAACACUCCAUUGGCUGACGAAUCGUUCUAUAGGACUAAACGUAUUGAUUUGUUACUGGGGACCGAAGCCUUCUAUGGAGCUCUAGCUGUUGGCCAGAUUCGCAUUGGUCCAAAUCUUACCACUUUGCAGAAGACUCUUUUUGGUUGGGUUGUUGCUGGGAGGUACCAGCGGCAAUAUAACAGACAGCCACCAUUGUGCUUGGCGACUGUAGAAGAGUCGAUCGACAAGAAUUUGCAGCAAUUAUGGAAAGUGGACUCAUUUGUCGAUCCAAGCGCUAGAAUGCUCCCAAAUCAUCGUCGCUGUGAGGACCAUUUCAGGGACACAACACAUCAGGAUGCCAGUGGGCGGAUUGUCGUUCGCUUGCCAUUUCAAGAAGAUCCAAGUUGUCUUGGAAGUUCCUUCGAUACAGCUCGAACUCGAUUUUUUGCCAUUGAGAGACGUCUCGCUCGUCUACCGGAAAUUCGCUCGCAGUAUAUCUCGUUCAUGCAGGAAUAUGAAAGUCUCGGCCAUAUGUCCCUCGUACUGAAUCCUAACUUGGAAGAACCGCAUUAUUAUAUACCCCACCAUUUCGUUCUGAAACCAAGCAGUACCUCGACGAAGCUCAGAGUUGUCUUUGACGCCUCUUGCCGUACAACAUCUCAAAGGUCACUUAACGAUCUACUUUUAGUCGGCUCUACCAUUCAGGAUGAGUUGUACUUGCAAUUGCUGCGGUUCCGCAUGCAUAGGUUCGGCAUCACAGCCGACGUCACAAAAAUGUACAGGCAGGUACUUGUGAGUGAGAAGGAUAGAAAAUUCCAGUACAUUUUGUGGCGAGCAUCUCCAAAUACGGAUCUUCAAACCUACCAACUCAAUACAGUGACAUAUGGGACUGCGUCUGCCCCAUUUCUCGCAACUCGUAGUUUGCAUUACUUGGCUGAGGAUUGUAAGGAUGCAUGGCCAUUAGGGGCUGCUGCUGUUAAAACUGCAUUUUAUGUUGAUGACCUUUUGUGUGGGGCUGGUGAUAUAGAUACACUCUUCAAACUAAAAACUGAAAUCACAUCAACUCUCGCUCGUGGUCAGUUUCCAUUAUGCAAGUGGCAUUCAAAUCAUCCAGGCGUGAUGGAAGACUAAUCUACCAAGGAAUUAAACAUUUCAGAAAACUCAGUCAGCAGCACACUCGGCUUAACUUGGCAUCAACGAAGAGAUGCAUUUAGUUUCACAUUUAAUCCAAAGGAAGUCUAUCCCACUACCACAAAACGAACAAUUUUGUCUACUGCGUCGUCGCUAUUCGAUCCAAUCGGUCUGCUAUCACCGUUAGUCAUUGUCUCUAAGAUCAUUCUUCAGGAGUUGUGGCUUUUGAAACUCGACUGGGACGAGUCUGUCCCCCAGAAUUUAAGCCACGCAUGGAGCAAGUGUAUGGAAUCGCUGAAUUCACUGUCGUCACUAGCGGUACCUCGUUUUUGUUUGCAGCCUGA